CAGGCUCUGCAGCAGCGGGGUUCUGAACCUGAGCAGCAGGCUGCCUCAUCUCUUCCCAGUCAGUGCCCGUACAAGUAACUGUACAGCACUCAGCCUACUCUGCGUUAUGAUGCAGUUUAUGUUGCUUUUUAGUCGUCAGGGAAAGCUCCGACUCCAGAAAUGGUAUGUCCCGCUAUCAGACAAAGAAAAGAAAAAAAUCACAAGAGAACUUGUUCAAACAGUUUUAGCCCGUAAACCCAAAAUGUGCAGCUUUUUGGAGUGGCGAGAUCUGAAGAUUGUCUACAAAAGAUAUGCUAGCCUGUAUUUCUGCUGUGCUAUUGAAGAUCAGGACAAUGAACUAAUUACCCUGGAAAUAAUUCAUCGUUAUGUUGAACUACUUGACAAAUAUUUUGGCAGUGUGUGUGAACUUGAUAUCAUCUUUAAUUUUGAGAAAGCUUAUUUUAUUUUGGAUGAAUUUCUUUUGGGAGGAGAAGUUCAGGAAACAUCCAAGAAAAAUGUUCUUAAAGCCAUUGAACAGGCAGAUCUGCUCCAAGAGGAAGCUGAAACCCCACGUAGUGUUCUUGAAGAAAUUGGACUGACAUAAGCCAUCUCCCAUGUUGAUGACAUCAUGUGGUCUCACAUACUGUAGAUGUUCACUGCCUUCAUGUCAAUGUUUAGCUAAUGGUGUAAGAUGCUGUUUGUCAGUAUUACUGUUUUGCUAAGCCGCUUCAUUCAGGCCUACAUAAAAACACUCCACUUUUUCAAAAGGGAAUAAAAAGUAUUAUUUUUUUUUUAAAGGGACUUAAAUGUUAACUAAAACUUGAUGCAGAAGAAAUAUCUUUUUGGUAUUCUCAAAGGUUGAAUUGUUUCCCAUUAAUUUUAUUUGUAUGUGAUAAUUAUGAAUAUACACGUAAAAUCACAGUCAGGAAGCACAUUUGUUGCUAUUACUGCAUUCAACUGAAAGGAAGCUACACUUGUAUCGACUUAAAAGUAAAUGUAAUAAUGUUUCAAUAUGGUUAUAUGCAACCAAAGACUAGUGUUACAUUUCAGUAUUUAUGGGAAUGAGAAAAAUUGACUGAUUUUACAUAUCAAAAUGAUUUAAAUUUUAACAUUACCGCUGAAACUUAAACAUAUACAUGUAUACCAAAGAUACUUAUUGGGAACUACAUAUCUGGUAGCUUAUUGAAAAACGUACAUUUCUGAGACUAAAGGGAUAUUACAUUAAAGGGAAUAUAGAUUACUUUAAUCAGAACAAUCCUGUUUUACCUUGACUGUUAGUUGAAGGCAGGAAUUUGGACCGAAGUUAAUAUAUUCCAAUAUGAGCACAUAAUGUACACUAUGAAAAUGGUUAGACAUUAUUUUCUAUGUAAGAUUCCUUUAAGCAUAAUUUUAUAACUUGAAUGGAUUAUCUUUAUGCCCCCAGAUACAUUAUACUGCCACUGUUUACCUCAUUUUUCCAUGAGCUAAAGAAAACAUCUAUUUACAUAGGAUGUUAUAAAUCAAAAUGCUAAUUUGCCUAGUAUUAUCGCUAUCUCAAAUAAACCUUGGCUGUGUUCACAAAGUGAUCACAUGGCUAAGUUUGCUCCACUGUUAGUAUUUAUUCUGGUUAACUAAAUUUUCCCUAUACUUUUUUUAUGAAGUACCACUAGUUUGACAUUUUCCUCCUUUCAUGCCACCUCCUAGUCAGAAAAUAGUCAUCAUAUAUAUCAAUACAUACAUCUACUCUCGUGUAAAAAAUAUUAGCUGGAUGAGGUAAAAUGGCAAUGGGGGAUUUUUUUUAAAGCUGUUACAAUUCAGUUUCAAUACCAUUUUCAUAUGUAUUUAAACAUGUCUUCAAGGUUUACACUUUCACUUAUUUGUAUGUGCUUGGCUGGAUUAAGCUUUGUGAUUGUGACCAAUAUUUAGGCUGUGAUCAUUGUCUUAUCACAUACAUUAGUUAUAAUAAAUGUCCACUCUUACACCAUUGCAGUGUGUUUAUCUCUAUCCAAAGGUUUGUUAGUAGAGAGCUGCUGGAGAGGGAGAUUCCAAUGAGACAUAAAUAUGUUAAGCUCCUUUCUUAAAAUGGAAAUAAAAAUAAAUUUCAUUAAACAUAGUCUUGUUACAAGUGAACACAAAGUAGAUUUGAAUUAGGUUUUCACACAAAACACUUCAAAUUUAUUAAAUAUAAGCACACUA